AUGGGCGAGCUAAAGCACCUCGCCCGGCGCCACCAAUCCAAGACGCCUUCAGACUCCAUCUCAAAGCUGCUGAAGCGUGCCUCGCUCAACGACGAGCAUGCCACCACCGCCGCCACCACCACCAGCACUACCAGCACAGCACGCGAGCCCUCCUUCCUCCGGCGCUCUGCCCCUGCCCUCGCCGCCCUCCGGGCUCUCCACCCCCAAGGCAUCCUCCUCCUCCUGACGCCCGCCGUGCCACCCCUCUCCUCCUCCUCCUCCUCCUCCUCCUCCUCCACCACCAGCAGUGGGAGCACGAGCAAGCAACAGCAAAAUGAACCAAUGGACCCCUUCGAGCCGCUCGGCCGUGCCCUAAGCCGGUACCAUCGCCGCAUCCGGCACGUGCCGUACGUGCCCACCGUGGGGCUCACCGAGACGCACCUGGCAUUCCUAGCGCACGCAGCAGCAGUGGUGCUGGUGGUGAGCGCCGCACGCUCGGGCCCACGCUUCGCCGAGGCCGUGCUCGACGUCGCACGUCUCGAAAAGGACGUCCCGGCCGCGCUGGUCGUGGUGCGGGACGAUCUCGGGCGAGCGUACGACUGUGAUGAUGAUGACGACGACGACGACGAGGGUGACGACGGCGAGGAGGGCGACGUCGAGGGCGACGGCGGAGGCGGCCACGCGUUGUGGAUGGGCCGUCAGGCUGGGGCUGUGAGAGGCGUCGACGUCGUGGUGGGCACGGCCAGCUAUGCGCCGGGCCCGCUGGCUAGGGUGGCCGACAUGGUGUUUGGCGGCGGCGGCGCGUGA